UCAUAUUCCAAACUCCAAUCAAUAAUAAUAGCGAGGACCAAGUUUUCUUCUCUGGUUUCUGCUGCAGCCACCGCUUUGAGAAUUCAAUCAAUUCCAGUUCUCACCUCAACCAACACACACAGCUUCACAAAUGGCAGCAACCAUAGCAACAAUGGCCAUGAUCAACUCCAAGUGCUUCACCACCAAGAUGAUCAACCCCACCAACACCAAACUCACAGCUUCAAAGCCCACCACCCUCUUCUCUUUUCAGAACCUGCCAAAGGGUCUGUCCUCAGCUGAAAACACCAGCGUCUCCACCACUUCCAUGGCUGGCACCGCCAUUGCUGGUGCCAUUUUCUCGUCACUCGUAAGCUGUGACGCUGCCUUCGCCGCUCAGCAGAUUGCUGAAAUAGCGGAAGGUGAUAACCGUGGCCUGGCUCUGUUGCUGCCUGUGAUUCCAGCUAUUGCUUGGGUGCUGUUCAACAUUCUGCAGCCUGCACUGAACCAAAUCAACCGCAUGCGUAACAGCAACGGGGUGAUCGUUGGGCUUGGGCUCGGGCUUGGUGGGUUGGCAGCGGGCUCGGGGAUGUUGUGGGCUCCGGAGGCGUCCGCCGGUGAGUUGGGUAUGAUUGCUGAUGCCGCCGCAGGAGGCAGUGAUAACAGGGGACAGCUUCUGCUGUUUGUGGUUGCUCCGGCUAUUGGUUGGGUGCUGUUUAACAUCUUGCAGCCAGCUCUCAACCAGAUCAACAGGAUGAGAUCUGAGUGAAUUUGCUCACUCUUAUAAACUAGGGUAUUUUGGUGCUGAUUUUGUUGCAUGGCUUUGCUUGUAUCUAAACUCCCUAUAUAAUGUUAUGUAUAUCAAGGUUUCCUUCACUUA